AUGCUGAAGCCGGGCGAGCCGGGUGGCUCGGCCUUCCUGAAGGUGGACCCGUCCUACCUGCAGCACUGGCAGCAGCUCUUCCCCCAGACGCAGCUGAAGGCUCCUCCGCCCGACCGCCUCUCCAUCCCCAUGGAUGGCCUGCGCCCAUCACGCCUGCACAGCCACCUCCUGGCCUCCUCGCACUGCACCUCCUCUUCUUCCACCUCCUCCUCUUCGGCUGCAGCAGCUCUAACGCCGGCCUCCUCCUCCAUCUCCACCUCCACCUCAGCGGGGCUCUCCCAGAUGCCCAUCCCACAGCAGAUCGCUCUCUUCGGGCAGGGUGGAGGAGGAGGAGAGGAGGGCGGCAAAGCGUCGCGGUUUAAGCUGACGUCGGAGGAGCUGGACUACUACCUGUAUGGACAGCAGAGGAUGGAGAUCAUCCCCCUGAGCAACCAGACAGGAGAGCUCAACAACCGCUGCGACAUGUGUGCCGACAACCGGCACGGGGAGUGUCCGAUGCACGGCCCGCUGCACUCGCUGCGCCGCCUGGUCGGCACCAGCAGCACCACGACACCCGUCACGCUGCCCGACGUCCCUGACUGGCUGAGAGACCUGCCCAGAGAGGUCUGCCUCUGCACCAGCACGGUUCCUGGUCUGGGUUACGGGAUCUGUGCCUCCCAGCGGAUCCCUCAGGGGACCUGGAUCGGGCCCUUCCAGGGGGUCCAACUGCUGCUGGACAAGCUGCACGGGGCCCUGCGGAACAGCCGGCACCUGUGGGAGGUCUACGAUGCAGAGGGGACCCUGCAGCACUUCAUUGACGGGAACGACCCCGGCAAGUCCAGCUGGAUGCGGUACAUCCGCUGUGCCCGGCACUGUGGGGAGCAGAACAUGAUGGUGGUCCAGUACAGGUCCUGUAUCUUCUACCGGGCCUGCAUGGACAUCCCUCGGGGCACCGAGCUGCUGGUCUGGUACAACGACUCCUACACCUCCUUCUUCGGCAUCCCGCUACAGUGCGUCGCUCAGGACGAGAACCUAAACGUCCCGACCACCGUGGUGGAGGCGAUGACCAGGCAGGAGUCCCUUCAGUCCUCCAGCAAGAACGGCAAACCCACCUCCUCUUCCUCCUCCUCCUCCUCUUCGUCUUCCUCCUCUUCCGCCCCCUCCGUCGCCCUCAUGCGCUCCAUGGUCUUCCCCCACUCCCCGUGCCCGAGGAGCUUCUCCCUGCUGGACAAGGUGGGCAUCGGGGUGCAGUCGGACGUGGGCGGCUACGGCCCGCUGGGCUCGAAGAACCAGCGGGUCCUGGCCAGUCCGACCUCCACCAGCCAGCUGAGCAGCGACUUCAGCGACUGGCACCUGUGGAAGUGCGGCCAGUGCUUCAAGACCUUCACCCAGAGGAUCCUGCUGCAGAUGCACGUGUGUCCGCAGAACCCCGACAGACCGUACCAGUGUGGCCACUGCUCCCAGUCCUUCUCCCAGCCGUCAGACCUGAGGAACCACGUGGUGACGCACUCCAGCGACCGGCCCUUUAAGUGUGGCUACUGCGGCCGAGCGUUCGCCGGAGCCACGACGCUCAACAACCACAUCCGCACGCACACCGGGGAGAAGCCCUUCAAGUGUGAGCGUUGCGACCGCAACUUCACACAGGCCACUCAGCUCAGCCGCCACCAGCGACUCCCCAACGAGUGUAAACCCGUGAACGAGAGCAGCGAGUCCAUCGAGGUGGACUAA